AUGGCCCUGUUAAACCCGACAUUCAUAUUCGGGGUCAUUGUGCUUGCCUACAUCGCUUCCUUCGUCGUAUUCGCCCUCCUACGCAUCGUCACUGGCCUGUCAAUCCAGCGCAUCGGUUAUUUCUCCCUGCGACGUUUAGCAUACACCCCCAAGGAUGGCAUCAAGAUCGAGAUACGGGGGCUUGGCCUCAACGUACACCGCCCGACUUUCUCGCAGCCUACAUGGCUGAGUAUUGUCGUUAGCGAACUCGCCGUGACGGUCGAUAUCAAGGCGCUCGAAGGCCACAAGGCCGGCACUGCGGUGGAGGAAGACGAUGGCGGUGCCGGUCAAGACGACUGCAAGUCUGAAGAGAAGGACAAGCCCAUAUUCCCUCCGAAGCGAAGAACCACGCUUCCCCGUCGCGCCACCUUUGGCGCCGCACGAAGCGAGACAUGGAAGCAGCUGAUGAAGACAAAGGAGAAGAUCAAGAGACUUCACAGGAAUAUCCAUUGGCUGCGAUUGGUUGAUGUUGUGGCCACCGACUCGACAGUCAAUAUCGUCGACGUGGGCAAGAUACAAUGCGGCAGCUUCACCGUUGCAGUCGACACGCGGCGCAAGAUGGUCGAUCGCGCCCGCUUCUUUUUCCAGACCAGGGCCGAGAAGAACAGACAAAAACAACAGGCCGAAUGGAUCGUCACACUGCGCAGUGUACUAUUCACCGCACAGGGCGGCGAGGCAUCUGAGAUUCUCGACAACGCUGUCCUCAACGUUCAUGGGUUCCUUUACGAACAGCUGGACGGCCUUCGGGAUGCCACAAUCGCCCUCAAGCUUGGCCGCGUCCACGUACCAUACGACGAUGUGCAAAUCUCCAUGGAGCGCUUUCAAACGCAAAAGCGCCUGUACUCAAAGGACUAUCACACAGUGGAGGCAUUCGAUCUCUCCGUCGACAAUGUCAUUCAGGAGCUCGACGAACCCGGCAGUACAGAUCAGGACAUUAUGCAAACCGUAUCAGAUUCGAAGGAGUUCGUGAGCUCCAUCUUGAGAGGUGUGAAGGAGGUCCAAUUUGCAGUUAGUCUUGUCGGAGUGAGCAAAAAGGUCAUGACGGUCAAGGCGUCCGGCGCACCGCUUCUGCUCAACUUUUCCAUGAAGGAGGUGGGUAUAGAUCUGCAUCGUUUAGAUCCAAAGUCGCCAGCCCAUCGCAUGUACUUCCCAUCCAAGGAUCUCGCACACGAAGCAUUGGCUGCUGCUCUGUCUAUAUCAAUUGGGCUGGAUGAUGGGCACGGCAAACCAGAACGGUUGGUCUAUAUACCAAUGGCCACCACGACAGUCAGGACUACUUUACCCUCCAAGACGGUAGAGCUUUCAGACCACGUGAGCGCCGAUGAGAGGAACGCCAAUAUUCUUUUCGCCAAUAGUGUCGUGACUUCGCCAUCGGUUGAUCUCGAUCCCAAGCAUCUUCCCAUUCUCGUUGCUCUGCUUCGACCGCAGCCCAAGGCACCGAAAGCGCAAGUACAACAACGCCACAAGUUGAUAUCGCGACUCUUGCCAAAAGCAAACAUCAAAUUCACCAUGCACGAGCCUGUCUUUCGUGUUGCUCUACCUCCAGUACAAAAGACAGAUGAUCCGGAUGAUUUUGACCUCAUCAUCUCGUCCAUAUCGUCGAUAUCGUUGGAUGUGGAGUCUUUCCAUUCGACCGUCGAAGAUAUGCAUUAUUCGCUCGUUUCACAAGCACGGGUGCAGACGCACAAUCUCUACUACCAGACUGCGCAAGGAGGGAGGUUUGAUCUUGUCGACACGGAGUUUUUUGACUUGAAAGUGACGCUGGGAGCUAAUCCUGACGUGCAUGUCAUGGCGAAUGGGCAUCUUCAGUCCUUGGCUGUGCAUAUGGUGCGCCCUGAGAUCGCGACCGGUGUACGCCAGAUCAUUCGACAGCUCCGUCUCGAUGUCGAGCCUGAUAAGCGUGCUCGAUCGAGAACGCCAAAAACACAAGGUGGACUCCGAGGACUGCCAUCAUGGCUUUUACACUUUCAGCUAUCAGUUGAUGAUUUUAGUGUUGAAGUCGCUGGCGUUGAUGACGAUUUCCCCAAUCACACCCGGGGACUUGCACUACAGAUCGAUUCGUGGUCUGCAGAAUAUCGUGCUCAACGCAUGGACCAACAUUUACGGCAGCGUCCCGCGUCUAGAAGGCGAGCUGCAAGCCGAGCAGUGAUACCUGACCCUGAAGUAUUCAAGGCAGUGCCAUCUCCUUCUUCGCCCAAGAAGAAACUGCCUGAGCAUUACACCGAAGGCGAUGGGCGCAGAAUUGCUAUCCAUGUUCAUGGACUGGAGGCCUUCAUCAUUGAUGGUGAAGAGAAGUGGGAAGCUGACCCCUUUGUUCAUUUGCCUCGAUUCGAAGUCGCCCUGUCCACUUCCACUGACAAGCAAGGUCCCGUUCUGCAUGUCCACUCACAUAUGAAGACAUUGAUGCUUCAAUAUUCCCUAUAUCGGCACUAUGCAGUGGGUGUUGCAAUCAUGGUGCUGGGAAGAGCAUUCAUGAGAACGAAACGAGAGACAACCGACAUUAAAACCAAGCAGCAUGCGGCAAAUAGCCCUUCCAUUGACGAUCAUUUGGCACCCCCAAUUCUAUCGCCUGGCUCGCCCGCGGUGGAUCAAAUGAGCUACUCCAGUCGUCCAGUCAAGGAGCUUGUGACCAUUGAUGUCAAGGCGUCCAUGAUCCAGAUCAAGGCAGAUUUACCUUCCGAUCCCGCGGUCAUGAUCCAGAUAUGCAAUGUCGAAACUGGUCGCCAUAGGUGGUCUCCACCAUUCUUUCGUGCUAAACUUGUGCGCAUGUUUGCUGGCGCACCACGGAUGCAAGGUGUCUGGUCGAGGAUCGCCAGUGUUCAUUCCUUCCGAGUUGACUAUCGCGAAUCUCGAAAGUUCAGUGCCUUUGGCUUCCAUGAUGAUAAGAUGUUCGACAUCAACGCAGACGCGAUGCGGAUAGCUGUUCCGUACGAGCUGAUCAUACACAAGAUCUCGGACAGCUUCAUAAAUGUCAUCAAAGCCUCUGCCCAGCUUCACCACCGCUUCAAGACGGGCACAAAUGAGUACAUCCUUGAAAAGGGCCCCGAAGGUCCAAAGCACGUACCCAAGAUUUCUGUACGAACCCGACAUCUGCUGUUUGAGCUAGAGGAUGGAGCAUUUGAAUGGAAGUUGGGCAUGAUCUAUCGAGCUGGACGUGUAGAGCAGCUGCAGAGACUAGCCCGAGAAGAUGCAUAUCGUGUCAAGGUCAAAAAGAUCCAUGAGGAAGAGAUCCGCAAGGAGACUAACCGGCUACGCAACCGUUCAGUGAUGACUCGGGGUCGCACCAAAGAUAUGAAUGUGUCUUGGAAUCGAAGCAGGAGUGAGGAUGAGCGACCGCGGACCGCUAUGGACGGCCGGCCGCCAAUGGAUAAUCUUCGGGGCAGGAAUCGGCCGCGAUAUGACCCUGAUGGUUGCGUUGGGUUCAGCGGCAGCGCCCAUGUCACAAUUACAGAGGCGAGACAGCGACUGAACGAGCACAAUGCGCAGAGUUGGAGAAAACGUAUCGAUCGCCAUUACCAAAUGGCUAGGGAGAGCGCCACGGAGCUUCGUGGCUUGUUUUGGCCACCAGAUCACCUUCCGGACGAUGUGGAGGACCAUGAAAAGAUCCUCGAGGUUCCUCAGCGUCCGGCACUCAUGGGUGCCAUCAUUGAAGAUUUGCACUUCAUGAUUGACAAGCCAUCUUUCCCGAUAUCCAAACUGCCAGACUUUCUUCACGAUGUCGGAAAGGGGCAGCCCAAAGACAUGAAAUACUCUCUGCUCGUUCCGAUGAAUGUCCAGAUCAGCAUGAGUCAAGCUAGAUUGUCGCUGCGAGACUAUCCCUUGCCACUACUACACAUUCCGGCUCUCAAAUUGGGCCAGUCUUCACGCCUCCCUGCAAUGCACCUCAAGACUGACUUUGUGAUUGCGGAAGAAUAUCGCGGAGCAGAGUCAACAAGGAGAAUCAAGGUUCAGAUAACGCCACCAAGCGCCAAAGAACCAGGGCAACCAGCCGGAGGAAGCUUUGCGAUCGACGUCCGCCGCACGAUAGGACCCGUGAAGUCGUAUUCUGAUAUGCACAUUGACAUGAACACGGCCUAUCCCACCCGAAUCACUUGGGGUCCUUCAUAUCAGCCAGCGAUUCAAGACAUGAUGAUGGUGAUUGAGUCCUUUACCAAACCCCAAUUGGACCCCUCUGAGAGGGUUGGUUUCUGGGACAAGAUCAGACUCAACUUCCAUUCUCGUCUCCGGGUCGCUUGGAAAGGUGACGGAGAUGUUCAUCUUGCGCUCAAAGGUACAAGAGACCCAUACAACGUCACCGGUAAUGGUGCCGGAUUUUUGAUGUGUUGGCGCAAUGAUGUCCGCUGGAACAUCAAUGUUGAAGACGAGCCGAAGAGGUUCAUGACCGUCGACAGUGGUGAAUACGUACUUGCCAUUCCCGACUAUAGCCACCAGGAGCGUGAGGUGGCCCGGAGAAUGGGCGAGGGCGACAGUGUCGCAAGCGGCGAUAGCUACAGAUCUGGCGCGUUAUUCAAGAAAGUCGUCAUGAAGUUGUCUGGUAACGUGCAGUGGAUGGCCGGUCUUGUUUUUGAGAAGGCGAUCGGUGCCGACGGCCGCCGCAGUUUCGACUUCAAGCCACACUACGACGUUGUACUCAAAUCCCCUCACCACGCCAAACCAGAAGGAGGCCAACCCUACGAUGCUUUCAGGGGCUUCAGAAGUCAGCAUAUCCAUCUCUCUAUUGGCAUUAGUGCCCCAGUCGAUAUGGAUUGGAAAGCUGCGGAUCAGCAAGUCUCAAGGAGCUACAAUACUGUGCACUUGACACCACGCUUCUUUACUCACUUCUUUGCCUGGUGGUCGACAUUCGGUGGACCAAUGUCCCUCCCUGUUCGUCAAGGCUCUCUGUGGCCUGGCAGGGAGAAGAACAGCAAGAAGUUCGGCCGUCAUCUUGGAACAAUCAAGUAUAAUAUACUACUUGCACCACUCUUCAUGAGUCACAUCUACAAACACAAGGACGCCGAGGACUACUCAGAGAGCUCAGUAUCGGCCACAGGUAUCAAGGUCAGAUUUGACAGCUUCAUGCUUGACAUGCAUCAGCGCAGAGAGGAGUUCAGCACCACCGAUCGUGGUCGAGAUACGCAAAGCAGGACAACAGCCAUGAAGAUCCAUGCUGCACAAUUAGAUCUUGUAUCAGCAGAUGUGCGCGCUGUCUCUGCUAGCAUCAAAGGCACCACCACUGAAGCAAUCAAGAAAAACUCGCUCUCGACGCUCAUUGCGCAGGGCGAAGAAGAUGGCACCGACCUCUCGCACUUCACGAUUCCGGAUAAUGACUUCAGCUGGAUUGACAUGGACGAUUUCGUUGAACUCGACUGGAUUCUCCCAUCAGAACCCAACCCCGACACAAAGAUCCUUCCCCUUGCUUUUGCGCCAAGAGUCACCUACUUUAGGCAGACAGAUAUCGGUGACACCAUUGCUGGAGACCCAGACCGCACGAGUCCUUUUGGAAAUGAGCCCACGCACUUGUGCAUAAUGAGCCAAGAUGACAACCCCCGUGAGGUUCAGCAACAGCUCAUAGAGCAAAGACUUUCUCAACUUGACACGCAGAUUGACAACAAUGUCAGGCUCGUCGGAGAGAAAGAACUGCACUACAUCAGAGAAGGCAGCAACGAUCCGCAGCUGAAAGCCGAGUACGAGACUUUCAACAGGCACACUGAUGUCCUACAUGACAAGCGCACUUUCAUGCAGGGCAUGCUGAAGAAUGUGUCAAUGAACACUGCAUCAACUGAUGCCGACUCAUCCACCAGCGGUUCAUCCAAUAUCCCGGGGCUCUCCGAGGAUCCAUCUUCUUCUGGCGACGAAGCCCGAGGACCGACCGGAGCCGACUUUGCGAGCGAUUUCAAGAAUCGUUUUGUGAUUCACAAUAUGCAACUCAAGUGGAACAACCUGCUGCGCAACAUCAUUCUUCGCUACAGUCAUCAAGUGAGCCAACGCCGAGGUUUUGUGUACUACCUCUCUCGGCCCGCCGUCAAGUUCAUUCUCGACAUUGUUGAGGAGCAGGCCAAAGCAAAGGGCAAAGACAAGCCCGGGAGCACCGCCACCCCCGAUAAGGACGACCAAAGCGCGACACCCCAAUCCACUAACAGCCAAACCAAAGGAGUCGCGCAGGAUAUUGAACACCGCAUCAAGCAGAUCAUACAGGAUGGCCGCAAAUUUGUCGACGCAGGUGGUGAAAGCAUCCCUGGCGAGCCUUCGGCCAAUGUCAAGAUGGAUGAUCUCACUUCAGGCAUUGCUGAGGACUUUACGACCCAAAGCAGUUACCAUGUUCGACUGAUUGGUCCUCAAAUCCAACUGCAGAGCGACAGAAAUAAGAACAAUGCCGUGUUGAUCACCGCCAGGAGCAUGGAACUCAAGGUCGUCGAGGUGAUGGAAAAGGCACGACUCUCAGAUAUGGUCUCUGGUCUUGUCCAGCGGCGUUUUCUGGUCGGAAUGGACGGCACUCAGUUCUUUGUCACUCAUCAGAAGUGGUUCACCGGGCAGUAUCUCUCCAUGUACUCUGGCAAUACGUACGGCGCACCGAGCGGCUCAUCAUGGCCACCAUGGGUUCCAAUGGAGGUCAUGUUUGACUUUGAGUCGGAUCCAUUCGGUUUCAAGAGAGUUGUGCAGAAGACCUCAGCUUUGCUUCGAUACGACAAGUACAACACGCUCCGUCUCAAAUACAACGACGACAUUCACGACAGUGAGGGUGCAGACAAUGACUCAAACGAGAACGCAGAGAGCCGAAUGGACAACCUCUGGGUUGAGUUCCCUCAAGCCCGAGCGCUCUGUAACUCUUCACAGUACUAUGCAAUUUAUGUGAUAGUGCUGGACCUUUUGCUAUACAGUGAGCCGCUCGAGAAGACGAGAAGCGAACGACUGGAGAAGAUCAUGCUCGCGUCAGACUUUAGUGACCUGCGAGGCACUCCUGAAAUGGUCACCAAGUUGCAGGAGCGCAUCCGUCAGUUGCAAGAGAUCAAGACACACUUCCAGGUCCACUCGAAGUACCUCGACAAGAAGGGAUGGCACGAUCGUCUGCUACUCGAGCGUGACUUGGCGGCAUGCGAGGAUGAGCUCUUCUUUAUGAUGAAGGCCAUAACAACGUCCCAGCGCAAGUACGACACUGCAUCUCAGAGCAAUGCACUGCUGAGAUGGAGUAUCUCUGCUCGGGAGAUUGUAUGGCAUCUCAUCCGGGACAAUCAUGAGCCCUUGGUUGAGUUACAGCUCAGGGAUGUGGAGUACGACAGGACCGAUAACUCAGACGGCUCGCACAUCAAUCUUUUCCAGGUUGGCAAGGUACUAGGACUCAAUUUACUUCCAGACGCAAUGUAUCCGGAGAUGGUAGCUCCAUAUAUUAUUGACGACAAACUGAGCAUGAUGGAUUUCCAGAACCAACAGAUGGUACGGGUUUACUGGCACAUGCUCGAGGCCAUUGCGGGCAUUCCCGUCAUGGACCACUUCGAGGUCAAUUUAUUCCCACUCAAGAUUCAGCUAGAACGUGACGUCGGGAAGAAGCUUUUCGAGUACAUAUUCCCAGAGAUGGAAGAUGAAGAAAGCAAGAAUGAGCAUGAACAAGCAGACUCGCCGACCAUGAUGCGACAUGGCGGUAAUGACAAUGAUGAUGACUACCAAGACGAUUCGGGAAGCCUUCGCCUUGGCGGUUCUGUCAUUUCCGACAAGGACUCUGGUUUCAACACUAGAGCCGGCUCGCUUGAGCUCAGGCUUCGACCAACUCUGACCUCGGACGCUCAGACGCCAGAAACCACGCCGCAGAAGAGCAAGGCUCUCAGUGUCCACUCUGGUGACGGUGGCAGCGUUUUUCGUCUCUUCAACUCCAAGGCUAUCAGCAAAAAGCCUUCACACGAAUCGCUGCGGGCCAGUCAGAAUACGCCCCGUCCUGGCAUUGGCCGCUCAGCGACUAUUGCGUCCAAUACAUCAGCCGAGAAUAAGAAGUCAUCGCGAUUCGCUCUGAGCAAAUCUGGCAAACCAUCAGAGGACAAGCCAUCUGAUGACUUGAGCAUGAUGAUUGAUCGUGCCUCGCAGUACAUGACCUUUGCUUAUAUCAAGAUGCCAUCUGUAGUCUUGUGCCUGAGCUACAAAGGCAAGGGCGAUCGCAACAUUGAGGAUGUGCAUGACUUUGUCUUCCGUCUCCCCACCAUUGAGUACAGGAAUAAGACGUGGUCUAACCUGGAUCUCGCCUUGGCUCUGAAAUCCCGUGUCAUCAAAGCACUCAUUUCCCACACAGGCGCCAUCAUUGGAAACAAGUUCAGCAAGCAUCGUCCCUCGGGCAAGGAAAAGGAGCGGCUUCGGGAGAUUGCGACAAACAGCGUCCUUCUAGCGACACCACCGAUUGGCGCCAGUAGAGAGAACAGCGAUGACUCUUCAAGCAUGUUCGGAACGAGCCCAGUCGACUACUCGCGAAGUCCGCCGCGGAGUAUCACGGGCAGUCAAGGUAGUGGCAACGCGCUGCAACGAAGCACCUCGAGGAGUAGUGCCAAUGCUCUGCAGAGAAGUACCUCACGAAGCAGCAGCGUAGCGUCGAGCCGGCGCGGUAGUAGACCAAAUCCCACCUUGAAUACGUUUCAAGGGCACACCAAUGGUCAAGGCAAUGUGCCAACCUUCCUUAUGAUGACACCGCCUACACCACAGGACAACCCCAGGCCUUUGGCUACACUGGGACAUGAUCUGAGACCCAAGACUAGUUCAGGGGACUUUAGGCAGAAACCCAGCGCUGCAAGUACCUUGAGACCACUCAGCAGGGGCAGCGCCCUCGACAUUCCAGAGCCCAGGUUCGACCUGACCAGGCGCGCCACUGGCGCGCCGCCCAAUACUGGCAACACGGGCGGCCUCUCGGGACUCAAGGGCAAAUUCAGCGCAUUAACCCAUCGCCUCAAGGAUCGUGAGAGCAGCGCAUCAAGCAAGGCAUCCAGCGGCGGGGCCACUAGUGAAGAGAGUGGCUUGGCCCGAGAAGAGGAGAUGGAAAUAGACUUCGCCACCAAGCAGGCUACUGACGAGCCAGCAAAUAGAAAAUUUGGGUUUGGUGGUCGAUCCAAGACGGGAAUCUAA